AUGGAGUUUGACGAGAUAGUGGUGAAGGAGAGCCCGGGGCUAUGCCGGUGCUGUCUUUCGGAAGGAUGCUACAAGGACUUGGGGUCCGAGUACACUUGGAUGAAUGAGACUGAGGUUUAUGCUGAUAUGCUGCUCGAAUGCUUUGAUAUCAGCAUAACACAGCACAAUGAAGGCCCCAAUGGACCCAACCGUCUUAUUUGUGAAGUAUGCAUCACACGUCUUCGAGAUGCUUGCAAUUUCAAGAAGCAAGUGAUGGACUCGGAGAAGAAGUUUAUUGACAUGAUGGGUCGAGGCGAAUUUAGGCCCAAAAUGCUUAUCUACCAAGCACAAAUGAAAUCUGAGAAUCCGAUAGUUGAGGCACCUGCUGAGGAGACGGAAGUGGAAUACUUGGAUGAUGACAUAGACUUUGCUGAUGACGCAGAAGAAUUGAAAGACGAAUCAGAGCCUACAGUCUCAGACAUCACAGUUAGUUCUCUACCUAUAAAGGGCAAGAGAGGCAGGCCCAAGAAGACUGUUGUUAAAACUGAGAAGAAGGCCAAAGUCUCCAAGGUGGAGGAGAAGCCCAAGAGUUCAAAGGCUGUUGCUAAAGGUGAGAAGCGCGCAGAGGCUGCGAGUAAGUCCUCGAUGUCAUCGACAAUGCGCAACAAACUUAUGAAGAGAAACGUUAUUAUCGUUCUAGAAAAUUCUACAGCCUUACCAUUCAAAUGGCAAAGGCAAAACUACCUUUGUUUCUUUUGCCAUCUUACUUUUAAAGACACCGAACUACUCAAAGAACAUACGAAAAAUGAACACCAAAAGUCUAACAUAAAAGCAGCCGUUGCUUAUUUAAGAAGAGAUGAGCGAGUCAAAAUUGACGUGUCUGUGUUACAAUGCCGGAUCUGCGACCAAAAAUUUGACGAUAUAUACAAGCUUAUAGACCAUAUAAAAGUCACUCACAACAAAGUCGUCAUGGAAGAAUAUGGGUUUGGUUUAAUACCGUACAAUUUACAUAACGACGUAUUCCAUUGCGCGAUUUGUAAAGAAGAGUUUCAAUACUUUGUUAAGUUAAACCAGCAUAUGAACGAACAUUUCGGAAACUACAUGUGCGAAUCGUGCGGCAAAUCAUUUUUGAGUCAAGAGCGUUUACGGUGUCAUUCGUUGACGCACGGGUCUAGGUUCCGCUGCAAUGUAUGCCUGGAAACUUUUAACUCGUUAACUCAAAAGAACAGUCACGAAUCCAAAAUUCACAAUAAAGACAAACUUCUCAAAUGUUUCUUCUGCCCUGAAACUUUCACUAAUUAUAAUCAAAGGAAAAAACAUCAUAACAUAACACAUGACAUUAAAGUACCGGAGUUCAAUUGCCCUGUUUGCGGCAAAGUGUUUCAAAUUAUGAGCAAAAUGAAGGUACAUUUAAAAGAAGUACAUAUUAGAGAGAAGAACUUUGGGUGCAAUAUGUGCGAUCAGAAGUUCUUCUCUAGGACACACGUUCAGAAGCAUAUGAUUAAACAUUUUGGGGAGAGGGUGCAUCAGUGUGAGAUAUGUAAGAAGUCGUAUGCCAGGAAGCAGACUUUACGAGACCAUAUGCGCAUCCAUAAUAAUGAUAAGAGCAAAGAUAUUGCCGAAUAUUCAGAAUUAAGAAAGCAUACGAAGUCCCACGGGAAUUGCUCCACUCGGGACCAUUCUUUGAAAGUGUUGAAGGGUGGGCAGAAUAUGGAGAUCAAAAUUGAUGUCUCCGACAUUGCCUGUGAAAUUUGUUCUGAACCAUUUCCCUCUUUCGAUGAAAUCAUCAACCAUUUACAUAUUAAGCAUAAACUUGAAUAUGACAAAUCAGUAGAAAUGGCCAUAGAGGAAUAUAGAUUAGUUGAUCUCAAUUGUAUAGUCUGUGAGGAAAAGUUUACGUAUUUUGGUUAUUUAGUAUCUCACGUUAAUACAAAUCAUCCUAAAAAUUGUCUUAUUUGCGAUAAGUGCAAUCAAAAGUUUAAUAAAAAGCGAGACUUGUUCUCUCAUAUGAAAAAUUAUCAUAGGGAUGGAGGAUAUCAAUGUGAGAUGUGUCCUCAAGUAUUUAGUUCUCUAAACAUAUUAAGAAAACACAGGAAUAAUAGACAUUUAACUAGGUGUAACAUUUGUCAUCUCAAGCUACCCUCAUCUGCUUUAAAACAAAAGCACAUGGAGUUAGAGCACCCGGACGACGGCUCUCUUCAAUGUGACAAUUGUUUCAAAGAGUUUCAUACAAAACAAGGCCUUAGGAUGCACAACAGAAAGUGCAAAGGGGAGGGUAUUUUCGAAUUUGCAAUAAAAAAAGAAGAAUAUGUCGCUAUGGAUAUAGAUCAAAAUUACGACGAUCAAGUGAAGCGACCUAGCGUUAAACAAAUUCGAGAAAAUAUAGUCAUUGUAAUUAAUAUGUCCACGGCGAUUCCAUUCAAUUUUUAUAAAAAUAAAUUUAACUGUUUUUACUGUUCGAAAGACUUCGCAGAUUCAGACUUAAUGAGGGAACACACUGUAUUAGAACACCCUGUGUGUGACGUUAAACAAAAAUGCAUUCGGAAAUGUAGGGAAUCAGUUGCUUGUGUCAAAAUUGACGUUUCCUCUUUAGCUUGUAAAGUAUGUUUUGAGUCUAUAAGCGAUUUGGAUGACUUACUCGACCACUUAAUUGCUAAACACAACGCAAACUAUGAUAAGUCAAUUACAACAUGUCUCCAGCCCUAUAGACUCAUCAAAGAUCACAUGGCGUGUCCAAAUUGUCCAGGAGAAGUCUUCCGAUUUUUCGGUACACUCCUGAAACAUAUGAACAAUAAACACACGAACAAUAACAUAAUUUGCGUGUAUUGCGGUCAAACUUUCCGCCGGGAUCAAAAUCUUCGCGUACAUAUAUGGAGACACCACCGAGAUGGCAGGUUCAAAUGUAAUAUUUGCGGUGCUGAGUGCAAUAUUCCAUCAAGACUAUAUAUGCACAUGGCUAGAGCUCAUGGUGUUAAGGCAGCUAAGUGUCCAAAAUGCCCGGAAAGCUUCGCUACUCAGUAUUUGCGUCAGAAACAUUUGAUAGAAGCCCACGAUUGUGGACACAAAUGCUCGUAUUGCGGAAAACUAUUUACACGGAAUUCAUUUAUGAGGGAUCAUGUGAGAAGAACGCACCUCAAGGAGAAAAAUGUUGAAUGUUCUAUUUGUAAUAUGAAGUUUUUCAACAAUAUUCUCCUGAGAAGGCAUAUGGUGAAACACAGUGGGGAGAAAAAUUUUCAUUGCGAUAUUUGCGGCGAAAGAUUCUUCUGGAGGAAGAGUUUGAGGACGCAUAUGACUAGGCAUAGUUCCGAAAGAGAGCCACCAAAGAAAAGUGAUAAUUAUGUAAGGAGGAAGAACCUGCUUACUCUAUUCAACAACACCACAUUGAUACCUUUUAAAUGGCGAGGCAAAUACCUGUGCUUCUAUUGUGGAAAUGAAGUUGGUAGUUAUAAGCGACUACGAAAGCACACGUACAACCACGGCCUCUGUUCCGACAAUGACAAAGCCAUUAGACUCGUGAAAUCGGUUGAUUCAGAAAUUAAAAUUGACGUUUCAUAUAUAAAAUGCAAAUUAUGCUGCCAGUCUUUUCUAGAUCUGGAUAAUAUUGUGAACCAUUUGAUCUCAACACAUGAUUUAUCCUUCAAUAAAGAUGCUAAAUUAACAAUAACUACGUAUAGACUUUUAGACUUGCAAUGCUUGCUUUGCGACGAACAAUUUGACUAUUUUCAGAAACUUGUUAGUCACAUGAACACGUCUCAUCCUGACAACUCUUUCUUGUGUACGGAAUGUGAUCAAAUGUUCAACAAAAUGCGUGAUUUGCGCACUCAUAUGAGAAAUUACCACAAAAAAGAAUAUAUAUGCGUUACGUGCAAUGGAACGUUCACUUCCCACGUAGCAUUGAGAUUUCAUAGGCUACAUUCUCAUCCAUCUAGCUGUUACAUAUGUUUCCAAACUUUCUCUUCAGAGAUGAAACGAAUCAAUCAUAUGAAAAAUGAACAUACUGGUGAUCAAGUCGAAUGUGGAUAUUGUAAACAACUUUUGCCAAAUACUAAUGCUGUGUUACGACACGGUGCCAAAUGUACUGCUAAAAAAGAUCCUGCUCUAGAAACUAUUGUUGUGGAUGAUGAAGAAAAGAAAGUAGCUACAAAGGAUCUUAGGAAUAGCAUCGCUACCAUCAUAAAUAUGUCCACUGCGAUACCGUUUAAAUUUUUCAUAAAAUUCAGAUGUUUCUACUGCUCUAAAGAUUUUUCCAACUGCGAUGGCUUAAAGGAACACACAGUCAUGCAGCAUCCUCAAUGUAACGUAGGUGACAAGUGCAUGAAACUCCGCAACAGAUAUGACGGCAACAAAAUCAAAAUUGAUAUUGCAUCUCUUUCUUGCAAGCUGUGUUACGAACCAUUGCUAGACUUAGACACUUUAAUUGAACAUUUGACGACUGAACACAAGAUUCAAUUUAAUAAGGCUGUCGAAAGUCACCUGCAGUCAUUUAAAUUAAUAAAGAACAACUACUCAUGCCCCCAAUGCGACGAGGUUUUCAGAUAUUUCACUGUACUUCUUAAACACAUGAGUAAGAGUCACACUGGUAAUAAGUACAUUUGCGUGUUCUGCGGCCAAUCGUUCAGAACUUACCCCAAUCUUCGCUCUCACGUCAAAAGACGUCACAAAGUGUCUACUACCACGUACGAAUGUAACAAUUGUGACUUAAUUUUCACAUCGUGCGCCAGCCUAAAACUGCAUUUGGGAAAAGACCACGAUGUGAAAAUGUUCAAAUGCAUCGAUUGCCAGGAUAAGUUUUCUACCCAAUACUGGUUGCAACGCCACAUGCUUGUUGUACACGGUGAGGGAUACAAAUGCACUUAUUGUGAUAAGGCUUUUAUUAAAAACUCCUUCCUGGUAAAUCAUGUGCGGCGAUUGCACCUAAAAGAAAGGAAUGUUAAAUGCAAGGUAUGCUCUGAAAAGUUCUUCGAUCGGCAAAGACUGAAGAUGCACAUGGUUAAGCACGUUGGAGAAAGAAAUUUCCAUUGCGAUAUUUGCUCGAAAAGGUUUCUGUGGAAGCGCAAUCUUAAGGCCCAUAUUGCUUCACAUGCGAGAAACGCAAACGCUCAAACUGGCAUCACCUAA